AUGUUUGACAACGAAUUAUUUAUUAAUGAGGUAUCGAAUGAGGAAUCUAUAUGGAAUAUAGAAAAUAAGUUAUACCAUGAUAAGAAUGCCAAACAUGUAAGCUGGACCAAGGUGGCCAGAGCUUCUAUUGCAGAUUUCGACGAGCUUGAGGACAUUAUUAAAAGCAAAAAAAUGCAAAUGACAAUAUUUUUAAUUCAUAAAUAA